CCCACCCAUUGGGGUGGCAGUCUCCCGCAGCAGGCUGUGCCACUUCUAAAAAACGCCCAGAGUUUUCGCGGGGAAAAAACUCUUAGCAGCUGGAAGGAACCCGCGCUUUAGUGCUCACUUGGGUCUUCUGCCAUUUACGCGGUUGGUUCCCUUCUGGGUCACUCAGCCGCAGAGUCCUAACCUAGAGCCAGGCGCUCCAGGGGAAAGGAGAGUGCGGAUCGUCGCCGCGAGAGAGUAUUCCUUCAGUACAUCGGCAUCAUGUGGAUCCAGGUUCGAACUAUGGAUGGGAAGGAGACCCACACCGUGAACUCUCUAUCCCGGUUGACCAAGGUGCAGGAGCUGAGGAAAAAGAUUGAGGAGCUGUUUCACGUGGAACCCCAAUUGCAGAGACUCUUUUACAGGGGCAAACAGAUGGAGGAUGGUCACACACUCUUCGAUUAUGAUGUGCGCCUCAACGACACAAUCCAGCUGCUGGUGCGCCAGAGUCUGGCCCUACCUCUCAGUACGAAAGAACGGGACUCGGAGCUCUCAGACUCUGACUCUGGCUAUGGUGUGGGUCACAGUGAAUCAGACAAGUCGUCCACGCAUGGUGAAGGGACAGCUGAUGGGGAUGACAAGACUGUGUGGGAGGACACUGACCUAGGACUGUACAAGGUUAAUGAGUACGUGGACGUGCGUGACAAUAUCUUUGGUGCAUGGUUUGAGGCCCAGGUGGUCCAGGUACAGAAGAAAGCCCUAUCUGAGGAAGAGCCCUGUAGCUCCAGUGCCAUUAUGGCCCCAGAGGAUGAUAUCAUGUACCACAUCAAGUAUGAUGACUAUCCAGAGCAUGGAGUGGACAUUGUCAAAGCCAAGAAUGUCCGUGCUCGAGCUCGCACUGUGAUCCCAUGGGAGGACCUGGAGGUGGGUCAGGUGGUCAUGGCCAACUACAACGUGGACUAUCCCAGAAAACGUGGCUUCUGGUAUGAUGUUGAGAUUUGUAGGAAGCGCCAAACCAGGACGGCACGUGAACUGUAUGGCAACGUCAUGCUUUUGAAUGAUUCUCAGCUCAACAACUGUCGGAUCAUAUUUGUGGAUGAAGUCUUGAAGAUUGAGCUCCCUAAUGAGAGGAGCCCCUUGAUUGGUAGCCCCUCGCGACCCCCUCCUGCCCUCCGGAAUACAGGGAAGAGCGGCCCAUCCUGCCAGUACUGCAAGGAUGACGAGAACAAACCGUGUCGCAAGUGUGCCUGCCAUAUUUGUGGUGGGCGUGAGGCUCCCGAGAAACAAGUGUUGUGUGAUGAGUGUGACAUGGCCUUCCACCUGUACUGCCUGCAGCCACCGCUCACCUGUGUCCCCCCUGAGCCAGAGUGGUACUGCCCCAGCUGCCGAACUGACUCCAGUGAGGUGGUACAAGCAGGGGAGAAGCUGAAGAAAAGCAAGAAGAAGGCAAAGAUGGCGUCAGCCACUUCCUCCUCCCGACGGGACUGGGGCAAGGGCAUGGCAUGUGUGGGCCGCACCACAGAGUGUACCAUUGUGCCGGCCAACCACUUCGGGCCCAUCCCUGGUGUCCCUGUGGGCACCAUGUGGCGCUUCAGAGUCCAGGUCAGUGAGUCCGGUGUGCAUCGGCCACAUGUGGCGGGUAUUCAUGGUCGGAGCAACGACGGUGCCUACUCACUGGUGCUGGCUGGUGGCUAUGAGGAUGAUGUGGACAAUGGCAAUUUCUUCACCUACACGGGCAGUGGUGGCCGAGACCUCUCUGGCAACAAGCGUACAGCGGGACAGUCCUCUGACCAGAAACUCACUAAUAACAACAGGGCUCUGGCGCUCAAUUGCCACUCCCCAAUCAAUGAGAAAGGUGCGGAGGCUGAAGACUGGCGCCAGGGUAAGCCGGUGCGUGUGGUCCGGAACAUGAAGGGCGGCAAACAUAGCAAGUACGCACCUGCAGAGGGGAACCGCUAUGAUGGCAUCUACAAGGUGGUCAAGUACUGGCCGGAGAAGGGGAAAUCUGGCUUCAUUGUGUGGCGCUAUCUCCUUCGACGGGAUGACACUGAGCCUGAGCCGUGGACUCGGGAGGGCAAGGACCGCACUCGGCAGCUGGGCCUCACUAUGCAGUAUCCUGAAGGCUACUUGGAGGCCUUGGCUAACAAGGAGAAGAACAGGAAGCGCCCGGCCAAGGCCUUGGAGCAGGGACCAUCAACUUCCAAGAUAGGCAAAAGCAAGCGGAAGUCCACAGGCCCGGCCACCACAAGCCCCCGUGUCUCCAAGAAGAGCAAGCUGGAGCCCUACACACUUCCAUUGCAGCAGGCCAACCUCAUCAAGGAGGACAAGGGCAACGCCAAGCUGUGGGAUGACGUGCUGAGCUCCCUUCAGGAUGGGCCGUAUCAGAUCUUCCUGAGCAAGGUGAAGGAGGCUUUCCAGUGCAUCUGUUGCCAGGAGCUGGUGUUCCGGCCAGUCACCACUGUGUGUCAGCACAACGUUUGUAAGGACUGCCUGGACAGGUCCUUCCGUGCCCAGGUGUUCAGCUGCCCAGCAUGUCGCUACGACCUGGACCACAGCUCCCCAACCCGAGUGAACCAGCCCUUGCAGACCAUUCUCAACCAGCUCUUCCCUGGCUAUGGCAGCGGCCGGUGAUGCCAAGACCCAGGCAGACGGCCCAAGUUCAUAGUGGAUGUAGCUUGAAGGUGUUGUCCUAUCAUGUCUGUCCCUGGCAACUCUUCUGCUGUGGUUGCCAGUUAACCAGGAACCUAUAAUAGGAACCCCAUGUUCUGGCUACCAGUUGGACUAAUGUUUUUCAUUCCUCUUUCUUUUCUUUUUAAAUAACAAAGCCUGCAAUUUAUUCUCCCAAAAGAAGGGGAAAAAACUUUUUUCUUUUUCUUUUUUUUGGGGGGGGGUGGAGAUGGGCUUAGAAACUGUUGAGCCCCAUACCAGACCUCAUCAUCAUGUUGGAAGGAGUUCUCUCCCCAUACCAGCUGCUCAGACACCUCUUCCUGGCAGCCAUCUAUGUACUUCAUUCAAGGGAUAACCCCUGCAGCCAUCCCUCAGGCCUUCAUAGGAGACCUGGACAGUGCCAUGGGCCAGCCUCAGCCCUGGCCUCGAUCUGCUGACACAACAGCAGAGGAACUUGGCUGUCACCUCAGGUCAGGGGACCAGCUGAGUUGAAACUGCAUGUGCCUUGGGCUUGACAUUUCAUUGUCUUCACCAGUGAGCCAUUGAAUGCCCACCUGUGAAGCCUGGCUUUCAGAGUGUGCACUGGCUGGGUGGGUGUCAUUGAGGGCUGAGAUGUGGCAUCAGUUCCAUCUUGUUUUUAACUCAGCAACUGAGAAUUCCAAGGGUUUCUGUAUUACAUUUUUGUUUUUGUUUUUGUUUUGUUUUUUUUUAAUUUUUAUUUUUUUUAAGCAGGAUAAAUGGUUUCCUCCAUGAAUUUAUUUUGUAGUUACAGCCUGUACCGAGGAAGAUGUUUUCUUUGGUUGGUUUUUGUUUUCUUUUGUGACUUGUAACUUUACCAAAGUGUGCAGGUGUAUCUCGUAGAAACUGAACAUUUACUGCAGGCAGAGAGGACAGCACAGUUCUAUAGACUGUGUUUUGUUUUGUGGGUUUUUUUGUUAGAUUAACAUUGCAAGAAGAUAAAAUUCCAUGUGGAUGUUUUCUAAAGUUCCCUAUUUCUUGUUAAGAUUUUAGAUCUCAAUAAAUUUUUUUCUGCAGGUAUAUUUGAA